AAGUCAAUGCAUUCCUUUUGUCCUCUAGUUGGUUAAAUUUGCUGGUUAAGUUUGAGAGUGGGGACAAAAGGGAUGCAGCCCACCAGGGCAGUCCUUGCCCAGAAUCUAUCAUCUUAGUACAUACACUCCGAGCCCUGCUGAAAGAUGGAUGGAGGAAAGGGCUUUGCCAAGAUCAUCUGGAAAGCCCUGGGGUUACCGGCAGUACCCUGCCUUCUGGAGGGGAGGGGCACAGGAAAUGCUAUGUCCAGAGUUGACAGGCCCUUCCAUACUGCUUUGGAUUCUUUCUGUGAACUCAGCUGUUGUCUAACUUGAACUGAGGUUAGAGCUUCUGGGGCAGUGGGGCAGUAGCACACCCCGAAGGCUGUGAGGGAAGGGUCAGCCUUCAUUGAGAACACAUGUUGAAAUAUGUGCCUGGUUCCUUGGGUUUAGUGUGGAAAAACCACGGAAGCUCCUUGUCUUGAGGCCGGUUAAAAUAUAGGCUUCAGGAGGGAGGAGGUGUGGGCCUUGCCUGCUAAAGAGUCACCCUUGGAUAAGAGGAGACCUGCUUUACCUUCAGGCCAUGGUAGUAGAUAUAGCCACCCAGUUAAGGAAGAUAGAGUCUAUCAUUGCCAUCCCACCUGAGUCCCGAUUGCUGCUUUGGCAAUAUGUUUCUAAUGUAUGUGGGUCGACAGGAUCUUAGAGGAACUCUUCCAGAGGGGAACUAAACAUGAGGGGUGAGAGGGACCUGGCUGGGUGCCCUAGGCUGAUUUAAUUGAUGGCUAAGCCAAGACCAGACCAAGAUCCCACACAGUUCUCUGAUGCUGAGUGAAGUUAUAGGGUCUUCAGAGAUGCUGGUGAUUGGACCGAGGAAUAUAAGAGACUUGUUUAGGGAAGGGAAACAUCAGAUUCAAGAGGGCGAGGUGCUUUGUGCUCCAGCAUGUUUGUAACAACUGUGACUAAGGGAUUUGAGGAAGUGGCAGAAGAGAUUUAUGGCCUUCCAACUCCCUCCCUUGGUGCUGACCCAGGAACAGGUGUGUAGUGACAGGAAUGGAUAAAACUAGAGAUGAGGCUGAACAGGUGGUGGGGCCAGUUGGUGAGGCAGUCAGCUGACCAACUGAGUCAGUAAAAGGAAUCCUGACUCUCUGAGGAGUGAGGGGAGCAGAGCAGCUAGCCCACCCGUCCUGGUUGAUGGCAGGGAAGAGUCCAGGGCCAGGGACCUGGAUCCCUGCUGCCUUGGUGAUCCCGGGCUGACAGCCAGAGAGCACAGCGGCUCAGCUCCUGGAGAGAGGGUUGAAGAAAGCGGAGGGCAGCCACCUGCGCCCGCUGGCUCCCAUUAGGUCGGUUCCUGCAGCGGUGCCCGGCAGCCUUGGCGAAGGCCCUGCCCGGCAGAGAUCAUGUAUUGCCUCCAGUGGCUGCUGCCCGUCCUCCUCAUCCCCAAGCCCCUCAACCCCGCCCUGUGGUUCAGCCACUCCAUGUUCAUGGGCUUCUACCUGCUCAGCUUCCUCCUGGAGCGGAAGCCUUGCACAAUUUGUGCCUUGGUUUUCCUGGCAGCUCUGUUCCUCAUCUGCUAUAGCUGCUGGGGAAACUGUUUCCUGUAUCACUGCUCGGAUUCCCCGCUUCCAGAAUCAGCACAUGACCCUGGUGUUGUGGGCACCUAACAGCUGCCCUGUUAGCUUUCUACGGAAGCCGAAGACGGGAGGGGAGGCAUUGACAUAGGUCAUAAAGCAUUGGAGUUUCAAAUCCCGCAGCCCCGCGGGUGCCACAUUCCUGACGGCGCCUUUUUGGCCUGUGAUGUUUUAUCCUUAUAAUGUGAAUAAUGGCACUGACCUGUGCUUUUAUUGUAGAGUCCUAUAGUCGUGGGUGGUCUUGUGAUUGUGUGUGUUCUGUCCCCAUCUGGGUCCCGGCUGGCAGGAUGGCCUCUCCCCUCGCCUCAUUACAGCGAGGAGUCUACAUCCAUCCUAGUCAACUGCCCUGGGCAGAUAAAAUGCCAGUCUCCUUGUCACCUCUGUGACCCCUCCUUGUCAGGGUCCCUCUCCUUCCCAGAAUGUUACUGACACCUCAGUCCUUCUCCUGUUUUCCCUUUAGUUCUCUUCUACCCUUUCCUUUUUUUGGGAGCACCUGUUCAAGACAGGGCUCAUUUUUGCACUUAUCUCGAAUUUGAAGAGAUUGCUGAUGCCCGAGAGCCUCGCUUUUUCAUCUUCCUUCCCCUUUUCAGCAGGCUAGACAGAAAUAUGUCUUGACUGUUCAUUGUCCACAAACCUCCAGUGUUUCCUCUGCUUCAUUUUUAAGAGAGAAGCAACAGAUAGAGGUUGUUCUUUCACCUGAGUGUCUGGGUUCCCGCUCCCCAGCCCAGCCUCGCUUCCUUUGCCCUUCCUUCCUGCCUUUCUCAGCAUCCUGAGAGGGGGCCUCCUGUGUCUCCUGUGCAUGCUCUGCAGGAUGGAGGUAUGGUGUGUUUGUGUAGAGCUAGUGGUCCCCUGCUGAGUGAAUGGGAACAUUCUUGUGUGUUUCAUAGCAGCCGUGAUCCCCUUGAUAGGUGUUUGGAUAUUUUUUUUUUUUUUGUGUGUGUGUGUGUGUGUGUGUGUGUGUGUGUACGUGUAAAUACAUGUGUGUAUUCCUUUUAAAGAAGCUUUACCGAAUGUGUUCUGAUUUUGAGGUUUAGCAGUAGCUAGCUGUAUGUAGUAGGUACCGCUGCAGUUUUUAUUUAGCAUGGGGAUUGCAGAGUGACCAGCACACUGGACUCCAAGGUGAUUCAUACAAGACACAGGGGAGCAGUGGCCAUCGUCCUCCCUCCAGGAGCUUCUUCGUUCCUGCGCAAGUAGACUGUAUGUUAUGAAGAACACACAGGAAGACUUUGUGACUGUCACUUGCUUUUUUCUUUCUCUGCACUUCAGUAACAAGUGUUGGCAAACAAGACUUUCUCCUGGCCCCUGCCCACUGGGGAUCAGCAUGGUUGUCCUUCAAGUCGGAACCAUUCCUUUCUCUUGCCUGAGGAGGGAGGGAAGCAGGCCAGGCAGAGGACAGAACUGGAGGCAGUCCAUCUAGGGAAUGGGACUGUGAGGCCACACUUGUGAAACAUUUGGACUGCUGUUGUAGAGCUUUUAUUUCUGGUGUGUUCGUUGCACAGCUGUUUGAAAUGUUUAAUAAAGCUUUAUAAACUUUA